AUGCCAUUGCACAAGAACCAAUCGCUGAAGAACGAUCUUUGGCACUUCGAGAUGGACGAGGGCGGUGUUGGUAGUGGGUGGACCGAACUCGACGCAGGAGAAAAUGUUACCAACAGUCGCCCAAGUCAUGGCGCCAGCUGCAAUGUCCCGGACCUACAGAAAGGCUAUUACUGGGGAGGCAUAACUCGGACUGGAGGAAACACUGUGACAGAGUCCUCGGUUACCUACCUUCACUUCCUCACCGUAUUCAAUAUGCAGCAAGAGACGAUGUCGACCAUCCCUGUUCCAGACUUUGUGCCCGUGGUCAACCAGAGCCUCGUGAUUCUCAACACGGCGACGCGUAGCGGUGCUCUAGUGGCCUUAGGAGGUUAUGUCGAGAGGAACGGGACAUUGUCUCUGGCCCGGAUGUCGUCAAUAUACGUGUUUGAUAUCGAAUCGCAAGAAUGGAUUGUACAAACCGGUACUGACUUGAACGGAGAUGCUAUUGAUGACGUCGCACAAGCUGAUGGGAAGAAUCUCGAUCCCCCUUAG